AUGAACCUCUCCUUCAUGAGUCCUCACGAGUUCCGGAGCUGCUCCAGCCUGGGCUCCCCACAGACUCGCAGGCUCUUUCGGGAACAAACUCCCCUGGUGCUGAGUUUAGAGUUUCUGUACCUUGGAGGGAAUUUCAUUACUUCAAUUCCACCUGAAUUAGCAAACUUGCCUUCUCUAAGCUAUCUAGUUCUGUGUGACAACAAGAUCCAGAGCAUUCCACCUCAGCUGGCACAGCUGCAUUCCCUGCGUUCCCUUAGCCUGCACAACAACCUGCUGACUUACCUUCCCCGGGAGAUCCUUAACCUGGUUCACCUGGAAGAGCUGAGCUUGCGUGGGAACCCACUGGUGGUUCGGUUUGUCCGUGACCUGACCUACAAUCCCCCAAGCCUUCAGGAACUGGCAGGACGCACAAUUAAAACUCGCAGUGUUCCCUUCGCUCCCAGUGAUCUCCCAGAGAAUCUUGUCCGGUAUCUGAGCUUGGCCAGCAACUGCCCCAACCCUAAAUGUGGGGGUGUCUACUUUGACAGCUGCGUCAGACAAAUCAAGUUUGUUGACUUCUGUGGGAAGUAUCGCAUCCCGCUGAUGCACUACCUGUGCUCCCCAGAGUGCUCCUCUCCCUGCAGCUCUGCCUCCCAGAGCUCCACUUCCCAGAGCGAGUCUGACUCCGAGGAUGAAGCCAGUGUUGCUGCACGCAGGAUGGCGAAAGUCCUUCUGGGUUAACUGGGAGCGAGAGGGGAAGACUGGAAGGAAUGUGUGUUUGAAGAGCAACAAUGGAACAACGAAGCAUGAGACUCUGGCCUGAAGGGCUCAUGAGAAACUGUCCUCAAGUCCAUGUAAAGGGCAGAACAUCUUAGCAAGCCUAGACUUGCUUGGUGCAGUGCUACUUAGGAGAACUAGCUCAGUAGCAUACUGCCUGUAGGGUGCCUGGGGUUGUUAGAAACCUCUGCUGUCCUGGAGACAGCCCCCCUCCCUCCUCCAGGCUGGGGAGGGGGAUUUGUUCUCACUGGCGGAUUGAGAAGGGUUUUAAUGUAUGACGCUUCACUGGGCUUCAGUCAUCCUGCAGAGUAAAGGAGACUGUCCAGAUCUUUUAACACUGUGGUAAAUCAGAAACAGGCUAAUGAUGCCAUGUGAGUAUGUAUGGACCCCAAUAUUUUAUAUAGCAUUUUGAUUCUUUGCUGUCUCCUUUGAUUUCAG